GAAGCAUUGUAUUACACUAUUACAUUACUGUUUCCUAAAGCGUGACCGUAACAUGCAAAAGCAACAGAAAAACGUGAUCGUUUAAGGAUCAAAAUUUACAAAGGGCACGAGGACGAAGGAUCUGAGGCGCAAUUACGAAGACGACGAACCUAGUAAAUAAAUGUACGAAACCGAUUGUUGGAUGGAUGUGACUUUAACAAAGAAGGACGCUGCUGGGUGGGUUUACAGAGGCGAAGGAGCUGCCAACAUUGUUCUCGCUUACGUUGGAUCAUAUCCUCCUUUUAUUGGGAAAGUGAUGCGCUUGCGCAAGGCUCCAAGGAACUGUGCUCUUGCUAUGAGGAGCCCCUCUGCUUUGAAUGCGCACGAACACCUUCUCUGGAAAGACAUUGAUCAACUCAUAGGAUCUUCCGACAGCGAACUUGCAUGCCAGCUAUUUGUCGAGCACGUUAUGAAGCCAUUGCUUGGUUCCCAAUAUGUUGAUGCUGGGAUGCAUGUCAUGGUGUUGAAGGAGUUUCUUGAGGCAGUUGAAAGGGACGUUAUUUCUAAGCGUCCUAUUUGGCGAGUUGAUAAUGCCAAGAUUGACACGCUUUGUGAAUCUGUGCUACUCAUGUCCGAUUAUUCGCUUUUUGCUCAUGGGGCCCAAGAAUCUAGAUCUUGCAUAUCUGUUGAGAUAAAGCCCAAAUGCGGAUUUCUUCCUCUGUCAAGAUUCAUAUCUGAAGGAACUGCAAUCAAAAGAACGAUAACACGUUUUGCAAUGCACCAAGCCCUGAAAUUGCAUCAAGGAGAGAUAGCACUGAUAAGUGAAUAUGAUCCACUUGAUCUGUUCUCUGGAUGCAAGGAAAGAAUUUAUAAAGCUAUUGUGGACCUUUUUACUACCCCUCAGAACAAUUUCCGGGUAUUUUUGAAUGGCUAUCUCAUAUUUGGUGGAUUGGGUUGUGGAGCAAAAGAUACAAAUGUUUCUAUUGCGAAAGCAUUUGAGGAUUCACUUAAGUCUGUCAUUGAAGCUGAUGCUGGUAAAUGUACAGAGAACUUAAUCACUCUUGUUGCUGAGGCCGUGCAAAAGUCAAGGGUACUAGAUCGGCUCUUGGAGGUUCAGAAGCUUGAUAGUGUUGACAUUGAAGGAGCCAUUCAUGCAUACUAUGAAAUUACUUGUCAACAGUGCUUGGUUUGUAAAGAGUUGAGUGACGAGCAAGCAAAAAGAUUUUCUGUUUUUCAUUCUGCUUCUUUGGAUGAAAGCUUGAGAAUUGUGAAAGACUAUUUGAUAGCAGCAACUGCAAAAGACUGUAGUUUGAUGAUAUGCUUUAGACCAAGAAGAGAGGGAGAUUCUGGAUCUGAAUACAAUAACGUAUGUCUUAAGUCAACUAACCAAACCUUUGAUUUUAAGGUUCAUUUUCUCGACCUGGAUUUGAAACGUUUGAGUAAAAUGGAAGAACAUUAUGAAUUAGACAAGAAGAUCGUGAGCUGCUACACAGAAAUGAUUGAGGGGGAUGAAAAAAGAAAGAAAGUCACAAACUUGCAACCUUCAUAAAGUGCAAACUGGAUUUAAUGGACUGUUAUAGCUGAGACUUGACAAAGAUUGCAGUGGUAAGCACGCAUAACUAAUUUGAUUAACAUUCUUAUUUCCCUCAAUGUCUUUUAUGUAUCUUUUGGUCGAACCCAUUAGACCAUUAUAUAAAUAUACAUGGCCCAUGCUUGGAUCAAAUGGUCAUGUGAAGGUUGCAGUUCUGGUCAAAUGAGACUUUGGAAUUUUUUAUUUGUGCAUAUAUGACUUCUAGGUGCAUAUAGAAUGGAUAAUGGUAUUGAAUUUUUCCCCCUGAAAAAAAGAAGAAACUUUUAAAUAAUUUGCAUUUCCUCCAUAAUUAGAAUUUAGCUUGGCAAACUUCAUGAUCAUAAUUAGCAGCUAACUUCCCAGUGUAUGCAGUAAAGGGUAAUGAGGAUUUGACAAAACCCAGCUUAUAGGCCGUGUCUUCAGCUCAGAUCUGGUUUUUACUUUGUCAGCGUAAUUUGGCCAUUGCGUGGCUGAUGAUCUGUGUGCCAAUGAGUUUAUGAGCUGUUACAAGGUUUUCUCUCUCUCUCUCUCUCUCUCUCUCUCUCUAAGACACAAACUAGGAUGUAUUUAUUAUCUCAUGUUUGAGUAGUACAAAAUGGACAUAUGUAGGUUGAAUUUACAGAAGCAGCUCAUACUUUCUCCAUUCUGCUGGCACAUUCAAAUUAAAGCUCAUACUGGGAUAGUGUUUAUUUGAAGCUCUCAUUUUCUUUCUUUACGAAUUACAACCUUGGAGAGAGCAGUUAUGUGUAAAAUACCAUUGUAUCAUAAAUAGUGAUAAAACAUGAUUAGUUUUGGCAAAUGUUCAUAUAGAAAUUACUUGAUAAUGAUAGAUGAAAAUGCUACAGCUCAUU